GCUUUCACUUCCAGAAUUAAUGUAGAGAGGUUAUAUUCAGUGCAUUAGAUUUGGAGAGAGAAAUGAGAAAAAUCAAAGGGUUUUGAUCUUCUUUUUUUUUGCAGGUUUUUUGUUUUUUUGUGUUGUGUUUAUGGUUAAUUAUAUAUUAUCAAGAAGUAGAAGAAAUCAAAUGGAGGAGAAUUCAUCACCUCGAGCUUCACGUAAAGGGGGAGGAUCCACAAGGAAGAAGAGCAGCAUUUUGACGCUUGCAUUGGUUAAAGUCCCAUGGAAAAUGGGGAGGAAGUGUUUGGGGUUAGAGAAAAAGAAGAAGAGAAACAGGGUGGAAAUGAAGAGAAAAUGUAAGAAAAGUUGUUGUAAUUGUUGUAGUAGUAGUAGUAAUGAAGUUGGUGAUGAUCAUGACCAUCAUGAUCAUCAGUUUGGAGAUGGGAAUUUGGGAGAAAGGAUAGGGGUAGAAGAGGGAAUAUGGGAACUUUCAACAGAAGAAGAAAUGGGGAACUUUAGUGCAAGGUUUGAAGCUGAGAGAUUUUGGUUAGAGUUAUAUCAGGUUGGUCAUUUGGGUUUUGGGAGGGUUUCUUUCACUGGCAUUUAAUCUCUCUUCUU